AUGCCGAGCCAGAAAAACCUGGGUUUAGGUAUGGCCAUUGGGGUGACUGGCCGCAGGACAGCGGGUGUGUCGGCCUUGGAGGUGUACACACCCAAAGAAAUCUUUGUGGCCAACGGGACACAAGGGAAGCUGCCGUGCAAGUUCAAGUCCACUAACGUGACCGGCGGGUUGACGUCCGUCUCCUGGAGCUUCCAGCCCGAGGGGGCUGACACCACAGUGUCGUUCUUCCACUACUCCCAAGGACAAGUGUACCUGGGCAACUACCCCCCGUUUAAGGACAGAAUCAGCUGGGCUGGAGACCUGGACAAGAAAGAUGCGUCCAUCAGCAUAGAAAACAUGCAGUUCAUUCACAAUGGCACCUACAUCUGCGACGUCAAGAACCCUCCGGACAUCGUUGUCCAGCCUGGGCACAUCAGGCUGUACGUGGUGGAGAAAGAGAGUCUGCCGCUGUUCCCGGUCUGGGUGGUGGUGGGCAUCGUCACUGCUGUGGUUGUGGGUCUCACCCUGCUCGUCAGCAUGAUCCUGGCCGUCCUGUACCGAAGGAGGAACUCUAAGCGGGAUUACACUGGCUGCAACACAUCAGAGAGUUUGUCUCCGGUUAAGCAGGCUCCACGGAAGUCCUCCUCCGACACAGAGGGUCUGGUAAAGAGUCUGCCUUCCGGAUCCCACCAGGGCCCAGUCAUAUAUGCGCAAUUAGACCACUCCGGCGGCCAUCACAGUGACAAGAUCAACAAGUCGGAAUCCGUGGUGUAUGCGGACAUCCGGAAGAAUUAAGACCCAGAGCAUCCUGGACAAGAAACAAACCCAAACUGGACUCUUGUGCAGAAAAUGUAGCCCAUAACCACGUGUGGCCUUGGGGACAGGCCAGAACACACACAUGUGUAGACCCAGAGGGAGGAAAGGAUGUGGAUGAAGGACAUGUAUAUUCUAUUUAAUCUUCCUGCUGUGGGGCCAGCGUUGCAUGUCGAGAAGAUGGUGUGAGGGUGUGAAUCUGCCUACGUAUAAACGUCUUGCCGUUUUUGUACAUGCUUUGGGGGUCAUUAACAGUUGAGACAUUUCAGAAACAUUCCUGUCACCACCAUUUAGAUGUGGUUGCCUUUCAGAGACAGUAGCAGACUUCUGUGUUUCCAGUGGACGUGGCCUUUUAAUCCAAGGGCUCAACCAGUCUUAGCAUUUACUGUCAUGGGAGGAAGGAGAUCCCGUGGCGCACACGCAGCCAGGGGCCCUAUCACACGCGCCAGAACCGUUCAUUUGGUUGUAGCUUUUAGACAGCAUCUGUUAACUGUGCCGCUUACAGAAGGUUCGAGAAAUUGGUGUUGGUGCUUUUCUAAAACACGGGGCAAAUUUUAUGUGUUGUGUCGACUUACUUAAAUGUCACACCCUUUAUGUCCUGUCAGUGUGUGGGUUCAUGACACUAGGUUAGCAAGGAUUGCCACUAUGUGCCACUGGUACCGCUCCCCUCCAGGAGCCUUGGAUCAACACAUGGGGGUGAUUUGAUGGAAGGCCAGGCUGAGCGCGGGAGUGUGGCACCUGUGGAGGAGAAAGGUAUCAAUCACAUUCUGGGCCCUGGUCCUUCCUCCUUGGGCCAGAGUGGCCAUAACACAGGAAGCCAGAGAGGCCUUGGCUCCCUCCCACAGGGGAUAUGGGAAGGGACCUGGGCUGGCUGGAUCACCCUGGUGGUCAGAUGGCCCUGGUGGUCAGAGGGCCCUGGCCUUGCACUGCACAGGAUGACCUUCCUCCGGAAGCCUCAGGCCUCCAGCAGAGCAGGCCCCGGCAGUCGGCCUGGUCUCCCCAAAGCUUCCCACCCCCAAGACAAUUGAGGUUCCAGGGGUCAAGACGUUUAGGAAUCAGUGGGAGUAGAGUGCCCGUGUGCUCUCUUCUCUUCCUGUUUUGGUGUUGUGGUUGGUUUGUCCCUCCCCCCUUCACUUCCCCCCUCCCCCUUUGACCCCCCUCCCCCUUCCCUUCGCCCCUCCCGCCCCCUUACUUGAAACAGUGAGCAGUGGUGGAGGAAGGAGAGGGAUCUGUUUUCUCACUUUCCUCCACGGCCGCCUCUGUGCGUUUUCAGGUUUUCCUGGGCUGGCAAAGCUCCUGAGACCGCGGUGCAGGCUGCCUUCUCCCAUCUCCCAGAGUGCUUUGUUUAAAGAAACCUUUUCCCCUUUAGAACUGCCCGGAGCCCUGGCUAUGGGAAGAGAGUCAUCUAGAAGGUGGGGGCAGGGGCGUGGGCCCUUCCCCUGGAGUCCUGAGAGCUGUCCCCUUCCCACCUCGGUCCCCUGUGGGAAGUGUGGGAAGCUGCAUCCCAAGAGCAUUUUAAAGGGAAAAGGCACGACUUGGGUUAGAGGUGCUCCAAGGUGGUGAGUGGAGAAAGGGCUGCUGCAGAGCCCGCCGUCCACCCCUGAGCUCUGCUGCUCCCUGAGACCUGCUGCCACUCCCCCGGCUGCAGCCACACUGCGUGCACUCGCCAGCCAACAGGCGGGCUCGGUGGACACCUGCUGGCCGUAGCUGCCCUUCAGCUGGCUGCCAUUUCCACCCAGCACUCUGGCCCGAGACCUUUGCCUGUUUUCAAGACCUCGGGAGCCCUCAACAGGCUCCUGUGUGGGUGGCUGGCCGGGGUGUGGCCGGGAGGCCCAGUGCCAGAGCCCAGGUGUGAGCCUGCCUUCUCUCCUUCCUGUAGGGCCAUGCGAGUGGGAGGCCGGUGCCCUGUGGGCUCCACACACUUCUCUUUCCUCCCCUCCCGACUCCUGGCCUCCCUGCCCAGUGGACACCUCACACUGUCUGCCUCUGCCUCAUGGGAGAAGACCCCUCCUGACCCUUCCCCCAGGGCAGCGAGCAUCCAGAGCGCUGGGCCUGUCUGGCCGGCCUGCCUGCCCUGGAAGCCGCUUGCAAAAGCCUCUUACCAGAGGCUGGUGUCCAGGAGCAGAGCCUCCACCCACUGGUCCACCACUUCCCUCUGGUUGUCUGGCCCUUGUGACCAGGGCCAGACUUGUAACCAGAGAAAGGCCAAAUUUCUCAUGAGUCUUGUGAAGGGACACCUAAAAGGGAUCACCUAGGAAAUUAAGAAUCCUGUCUAGUUGCUCAAUGGAAAUGUAUCCAACUAGGGAAAAAAUGUCAAUUCAUUAUUAUUUUUGAUCUUUUUCAAUUGUAUUUCUGUGAAUAUUUUAAUACAUCAUUUUUAAUUUCUGAA